GUUCAUUUAACACUCGGGAUUUUACUGUGUAUCCAACAAUACAUUUUUUUAGGCGUGCUGAAUGGGUUCUCAGGUCGACGCCCUCUUGGCUGCUUCUCCAUAUAAUUACGUGCAGCGUUUGGAGGAAACACAUGAAACAUUGAAAUGUGAGACUGAAGUGUGUUAAUCUCACAUUCACACGAGUGUUGUAAUGUCUCAUUCCCGUCAUUGCUAGACUAGUAGUUUUAAUCGGUGGGUCAGAGUCAGGCAGAGAAACGCACUCGGAGCUCCGCACCAAACUCUUUGGUCUGCCUUCAUCUCCAGAGAGCGAGCGCUAACAGACCUUCCUGACUGAUUCAGAAUGGAUGCGUUCGCGAGCGGACAGAAGAUGUUGGCAGAAAAGGGUGCAGCGUGUCUGACAUGUAAAGUGAUCUGCUCUGGAUUCCAGCCACAUUCCUGGAGGAAAGCUUGCAUACAGUGCCGCUGCAGUCAGGAGGAGCAUGUGUCCAGCUCCGACACUGAGGAUGACCGCAAGGUGGGGAGACUGCUGGCAGAGUCCUGUUAUGCCCAUCUCACAACUAAGGUUAAGGGAGGAGACGGCACGAGGGUCUAUAAACGCAACCGCAUGAUCGUCACCAACCCAGUGGUCUCACGUAAAGACCCAACGUUCAACACCGUCACCUAUGACUGGGCCCCACCAGGCCUCACCCAGAAACUGUCAGAAGGCAGUCCUUGGCCAAUGAAAGCUGUCUGAAGGUCUGGCUACACGAGACUACAUAUGUUUCAUAUGGUAUUUGUUGUCAGUUGUUGCAACUGGAGCUAUUUUUCAAUUCAAUUUCAAUUAAAUUCAAUACACUUUAUUGUCCCCAAUGGGGAAAUUUGUCUCGGACCCUGGAGCCCACAUACACAUACACUGAUCAACAUUACAUUGCAUAAUAAAAAUCCACAUAAAGAUAAAAACCAACAUUCAAAGCCACAAU